AUGGAUCCUCCUCUACACGCCGCAAGUUCCUCCUGGACUUAUCCUACCAGAACCUGCCGCUAUUGCCUGGAAGAUGUGCCCGCCACUGUCACUCUCUAUCCUCCAGGCCUCCCUGUAUCCUUUCAACGUCCAGUAGUUGAGUACAAGAACGAUGAUGAAUAUGGCCGGCUCAUAAAACCCUGCUUAUGCAAAGGAGGAAUGCGAUAUGUGCACGAGCUUUGUCUACGACGUGCAAGGACCGAAAGUCAACGUGAGGGUUCACUAUGGAAAUGCCAUCAGUGUGGCUAUCAAUUCAGUUUCAACAGGCUCACCCUGCAGAAGUAUCUUGGCAGCAAACCGGUGUCUGGGGCUCUGACAGUGCUUGUCAUGAUUCUCGUCAUGUUUCUGUUGGGCUUCAUCGCGGAUCCAAUCCUCAAUAUUUACACAGAUCCUUAUGAUACUCUUAUGAGACACGAAGACAUGUGGGAGCGUGUCGAAGUUAACCAGGCCAAGGUCACUGGUAGUGGCUGGGGUCAGCAUUUCGUGAAAGGUCUGGUUUCUAUGGGGGUGUUGAGUUUCUUAAGGUCCAUGGUGCUUAAUCCUUUCCAUUGGAUCAACUUGAGAAACACCGGGUUUUUCGGUGGAAGGUCCUCUGGAAGGUCGACGACUGGUAGAGACCGAGCGCUUAAUGUGAGCUGGGUGAUGGUUGCGUUCGGCGUUAUCACAGCUUUCUAUCUCUUCUACAAGUGGGUUCAAGCCAUAAUAUCUCGCUACCUGCAGAGGAUUGGAAACAACAUUGUCGAUACACAGUUACCCGGUGAUGACGAUGAUCUAAAGCCUCCUCCAAAUUUUAAGUUUGAGGAGAGCUAUCCUGAUCUCGUCCGUCCCAAAGCUGCGCAACCAGGCGAAAUCGGAGAUGAAGGGACAUUUCCACCAUCCGCUACUACCUCUGAGAAUCGCCUUUUUGAAUCUCAUCGGACGCAGGGUCGUUAUCACUCAGAACCCGACGUUGAAGUUCGACCUACUGCCCGAUCUUCUUCACAACCAAGGGAGCCAUCCUCGGCAAAGCCAGAAACACCCGAGGAAACACUGGAGCAGAGAAGUGUCCCUGGAAAUUGGGAAUCUGCUGCCUAUAGCUCUGCUCUUGGUAAUGCGCAUACUCAAGGCUGGUCGUUCCGGGGGCUACAAUGA